CCGUUUGCGUGGACAACCCGUCGCCGCUCCUCCUGAGACCCCCCAAGCUCCGGCCAAGCAGCCAUCGCCGCCGCCGCCGCCGCCGCCGCCGCCGCCGCCGCCCCCGCCCAGAAAGAGAAGAGAGAAGAAGAUGCCGGGCCCCGUCGUCCAAGGAGAAGAAGAGCAACUUCUCUCCUCCCUCAAAGAAGAGGAACAACAACAACAAGAGCAGCAGCAGCAGCAGGACGAUGCCCCCGUCAUCGAGGACGUCAAGGAGGACGAAGACGAUGACGAGGAUGACGACGACGAUGACGAAGCCCAAGGUGAACAAGGAGCAGGUGCAAAUGAUAGCUCCAAGCAGAGCAGGAGCGAGAAAAAGAGCCGCAAGGCAAUGCAGAAGCUUGGGAUGAAGCCUGUUACAGGUGUCAGUAGGGUUACCAUUAAGAGAACCAAAAAUAUCUUGUUCAUCAUAUCAAAACCUGAUGUCUUCAAGAGCCCAAACUCCGAAACAUAUAUCAUAUUUGGUGAGGCAAAAAUAGAGGACUUGAGCUCCCAGCUACAAACACAGGCUGCCCAGCAGUUCAGGAUGCCGGACCUCAGCAAUGUUAUGGCCAAGCCAGAUGUGUCUGCUGCUGCACCAGCUGAUGAGGAUGAGGAGGAAAUAGAUGAGACUGGAGUGGAGCCUCGUGACAUUGAUCUUGUUAUGACACAGGCUAGCGUGUCUAGAGGGAAGGCUGUUAAGGCUCUGAAGUCCCACAAUGGAGAUAUCGUCAGUGCUAUCAUGGAGCUCACUGCCUAAUUUGUCUUACCCCUUUAGGUUCAUUUCUGGUUGAUGUCUUGUUAAAGUUUACUGCAUUUCCAUCAGCAUUGUGUCGGAUACUAAUGCGUAGCGUAAAAUUAGUUGGUUUUGAAGUGACAUUUUUCAAGUUGUCUAAGUUGUGCCCCAUCGGGGUCCAUGGAAACACUCCCAUUAUGGCAUUCUUUUCACCUUAGA